AACAAAAGCAGAAAAAGAAAAAAAAUCACAUUUGUGAAUGUUGGCCUGCUGUAUAUGCAAGCUGUUACCAUGAAUUGUAGAUCAAUUUUAGAAGAUGAAUAUUUUAAAAGCUAUACAUUGUAUCGGCAUGUUUAGAAAAUCAGGAUGAUGGCAUGUUGGACACAUGCGUCCUAUGCCCCUCAGAGUGGCGAGGGCGAGACAGACCAACCGGAUGCAUGCCUUGUCUGUCUCGUAAAGCAGAUCUCCAAGCAAAACAGGGAAAGCCUCACUUAGGCCUAACAAUACAAGUUGUUGUUUUUACUUGGACUAUUAGUGAGGUCUUAUUUGAUUGAUACAAUGCUUUUUACAUUCCAUUAAGUAUUCUAUGAAUAACACAAUUAUUUUUUAAAUGUACAAUAUUCUUAGAAGAGAAUCACUGUUACCAUGCAUUAGUCUUUAAGCUAAUAGCAUGUUGUGCCUUAUCUGGGCUAGGAGUGAGCCGCGAACCCACCCCUCAUUGCUCAGGCACAAACGAGUGAAAUGCGGAAGAAAUUUGUAAUUAUUCGGUGGUUUCAUCAAAGGCAAAUUGGGCUGGUGUAUGUAGUCAAUACCAUAGAAGCCCAUCCCGACCUCUCUCUGACCUCGCCUCUCCACCGGUCCCCUGUCACUUUAAAAUGUACUGCGGGAGCGUCGCUCAACUUCCGACUGCGGACAGGCAAGAUAGCCCGUUUUGCAUUGCUCUCUAUGGAUGGGCGAGCAAGAUCCUCUUUAAGAGACAGUCCGUGAAACAGAAACACACUUCACACAGUACGGGACGCGCAAGUAGGUGGGCGAUCUUUCCAUCUCACUAUCACGCGCCGGGGGGAAGAGAGAAAGGAAAAGUUGAAUUUUCGCUCGCUCCGCCGCACUGACACCUGGGAACAGUGGAGGUUCAGAAUGAGAGGAGCGGACGAGACCGGCUCGCGCUGACGGGCUCAACUUGGACCAAGUUAAUGUGCCUAGGGAUUAUGCCGGUGUCUACAUGACAAUAAGUGUGUGAGAGAGAAGAGAAAACGUCUUGCGCGUCGGAGAAAGGGAACAUCCACUGUAAAAUCCCAUGGCGUUUUCAAGAACACAGGACAUUACACCAAUGGAGCAAAACUAAAAGAGCGAUACAUUUUCCAUUUUUUGUGUGGUUAUUUCCAAAACAAGACAUUGCAGUUUUAAUCAAACGUUUUUUUCCCUUUAUUUCUGCACACCCCGUAUUUGCAGAUAUUUUAUUGUUGCACCAAGGGUGCAAAGGAUUUACAACGAUCUUGGACGGGUCGGGCCAUGUAAAGUUCUGUGUGGAUGCCAGCGAGCCUGAUAUCGGGAGCUGGCUGAAGCACAUCCAGUUUGCCCCCACGGCCCUCCAGCACAACCUGACGCCGUGCCAGAUAGAUGAUCAGAUCUUCUACAGAGUGACUCAAGAGAUCCAACCAGGCGAGGAGCUGCUUUUGUUCAUGAAGGCAGAGCAGUAUUCAUGUGACACCAUGGCUCCUGAUAUGCACGAGGAGAGACAGUAUCGCUGUGAGGAUUGUGACCAGCUCUUUGAGUCUGUCUCUGAGCUACUGGACCACCAGAAGGUUCCAUGUGGGACGCCCCCCUCAGCCUUCCUGGGGAACCCUGGAGGGGACAGUAGUGACCCGGAGGGCCCCGAGGGCCUGGAGCCCCACGAUCUGCACCUGUCCCACAGCCUCAGCCACCACGACCACAACGGUCCCCAGGAGUGUAAAGAGUGUGACCAGGUGUUCCCUGACCUCCAGAGCCUGGAAGCUCACUCUCUGUCUCACUCAGAGGAGAGGGAUUACAAGUGUGACCAGUGCCCCAAGGCCUUCAACUGGAAAUCCAACCUGAUUCGUCAUCAGAUGUCACAUGACAGUGGCAAGCACUACGAAUGUGAAAACUGCACAAAGGUACAGUCAUGUACCUGCUCAAAGCAGGUGUUCACAGACCCCAGUAACCUGCAGAGGCACAUCCGCUCGCAGCACGUGGGGGCGCGGGCUCACGCCUGUCCCGAUUGCGGGAAGACCUUUGCCACGUCCUCUGGCCUGAAGCAGCACAAGCACAUCCACAGCAGUGUCAAGCCCUUCAUAUGUAAGUCACUCAGACCCUUCAUAUGCGAGGUGUGCCACAAGUCCUACACGCAGUUCUCCAACCUGUGCCGCCACAAGCGCAUGCACGCCGACUGCCGCACCCAGAUCAAGUGUAAGGACUGUGGCCAGAUGUUCAGCACCACCUCCUCCCUCAACAAGCACCGGCGCUUCUGUGAGGGCAAAAACCAUUUCACGGCAGGGGGGUUGUUCGCCCAUGCCCAAGGCAUGUCCCUCCCCGGUGUCCCUGGUGCCAUGGACAAGGCCGCUAUGGGAGGGAUGGGGCACAGCAGCGCCAGCCUGGCAGACUACUUUGGGAACCGGCACCACAGCGGCCUGACAUUUCCGACCGCCCCUGGCUUCCCCUUCAGCUUCCCGGGUCUGUUCUCAUCUGGACUGUACCACCGACCCCCUCUCAUACAGGCCACCUCCCCAGUCAGACGGCCCCUAGGUCCCAGUACGGAGCACAUCAAGAGCCCCCUCCUGUCGCCUAGCCCCGGAGCCCAAGAGGCCAGAGAACUGCUCAAGACCCUCCGCAAGGAGGCAUUGCCCAGUAGCGAGCAGCCACAGGGGACAGAGCAGCGACAGUCCCAUGGCUCCUCCUCCAAGCAGAGGCACAGCGGCGGCAAGAUGAGCAGCCAAUCGGAGAGCAGCGAUCUGGAUGACGUAAGCACUCCCAGUGGGAGCGACCUAGAUACCACAUCAGGCUCGGAGCUGGAGAGCGACAUGGAAAGCGAAGGCCAGCGGGAGAGGGCACCCCGGGAGAACGGGAAAGGGCCCAAAAGGAAGGCGGGCAGAGGCCCCCAGAGCCCCACCACCCUGAUCAGUAACCACACUAAGGAGUUCCAAGGUAGCCCCGCCUUGUUCCCUCCCUCGCUGGACGAGCACACGGCUGUCUCAGGGGCGGUCAAUGACUCCAUCAAGGCCAUCGCCUCCAUCGCUGAGAGGUACUUUGGCUCCACGGGGCUGGCGGGCCUGCAGGACAAGAAGGUAGGCGCCCUGCCCUACCCCUCCAUGUUCCCCCUGCCUUUCUUCCCAAACUUCUCUCCGCCCGUCUACCCCUUCCCAGAGAGAGAGCUCAGACCUCCUGGCCUAAAGGGGGAGCCCCAGUCCCCACCUGACGAACCCUCUAAGAAGCGCCAGAGCAGGACCUCUGAGUCGCCCUUUGACCUUACCACCAAGCGCAAGCAGGAGGAGAAGGUCCUCGCCCCCUUCGUCCCAGUCUCCAAAUCCAAACCGGAGGCCUCCUCACGUUCCACCAAUCAGGACCAGCCGCUGGAUCUGAGCAUGGGCGGCACUAGGAACCGCAGCAGUAGCCACGCCCCCCGGGGGGAGGAAUCAAAGAAGAUCCACGUGUUUGGAGAAGACCAGGCAGGGAUGGAGCUACCUAAAGCCGACACCUCUCUGCAGCACGCCAGGCCCACCCCCUUGUUCAUGGACCCCAUCUACAGCAGGGUUGAGAAGAGGAAGAUGAACGAUCCGUUUGAGGCUCUGAAAGACAAGUACAUGCGGCCCGCCCCCGGCUUCCUCUUCCAUCCACAGUUUCGUAUGCCAGUUCAGAGAUCCUGGAUGUCGGCCAUUGAGAACAUGGCGGAGAAGCUUGAGACGUUUGGUUCGCUUAACCCGGAGUCAGGUGACUUGAUGCGCUCCGUCCCCUCCAUGUUUGACUUCCGAGCUCCGCCCACUGCCCUCCCCGAGACGCUACUGCGGAAGGGCAAGGAGCGCUACACCUGCAGAUACUGCGGUAAACUAUUCCCACGGUCUGCCAACCUGACCCGCCACCUAAGGACACACACAGGAGAGCAACCGUACAGGUGUAAGUACUGCGACCGCUCGUUCAGCAUCUCCUCCAAUCUGCAGCGCCACAUCCGCAACAUCCACAACAAGGAGAAGCCCUUCAAGUGUCACCUGUGUGACCGCUGCUUCGGCCAGCAGACCAACCUGGACCGUCACCUCAAGAAGCACGAGAACGGUAACCUCUCAGGAACGGCUGCGUCCUCCCCUCGGUCAGAGCUGGACAGCAGCAGCGCCAUCCUGGAUGACAAAGAGGACUCCUACUUCAACGAAAUACGAAACUUUAUCGGCAACACAGGCCAGAACCAGCCGUCCCCUGACCAUUCUGAGGAAGGAUUGAACGGUGGUCCUUUCGAGGAGGAGAAGCCCCUGGUGGCCAGCCAUGGGUCACGUGACCUGGAGGAGGAGGGGGAGGAGCUUGGCGCCGAGGAGGAGGAAGGGGAGCAGAGCAACAACGCUGACGGGAAACCUAGGGACGAAGCUCACCCCGGCAACCUAGAUGGUGACACCCUACACAACGAAAUAGAACUUGACGGCCCUAGCGAUUUGGAGCCCAACUGCAAGACUUCCCCAAGGAGGUAUGAGGAGGAAGAGGAUCAGAGUAGCUACUCUGCGCUAGAUCACAUCCGUCACUUCUCUGACAUGCAUAAGAUGGAGGACAGUGAGUUCAGCGACGGGGACAGCACCUCCUUUGGCUCCCCCAGCCUGCCUGAGGCUGUCAAACAGCCCCUGUACAGGAAAUCCAAGUCCCAGGCGUACGCCAUGAUGCUGUCUCUGGCUGACAAGGACGCACUCCACCCAGCCAACCACACACCAGCCACCAUGUGGCACAGCCUGGCGCGGGCCGCUGCUGAGUCCAGUGCCAUCCAGUCCCUCAGCCAUGUAUGAUGCCGCGAUCCCUGACCCCUAACCCCCCCGACCCCGACCUAUCGCACUGAGAGGCCUUGGGGUCCGUCAGCGGGGCCCCUGGCCCUUGGCCCGUCACAGACUGCUGAGCAGAACCACGGCCCAUCUGACUGCUGAGCAGAAUGCCUUACACACGUGCAGGGUCACCGUCCACAGAGAACCGCCCAGCCCAGCCCUCCAAGAGAUCCAACAAACAUCCCUUCUGUGACCUUAAAUUGAGUCAGUAUGUUUAAUAUCAACGACAAUGAUGAUGAUAGUGAUUAUUGACUAUGGUGAUGAAAAUAACAAUGGUAAGUAAUAAUAGCUGUAUUUAUUCUGUUGAGUUCUUAUGUUUUGCACAGCAGCGGCAGCUGGUAGGAGGGAUGAUGGUUUUGUUAGAUGUUACAUUGCUAGAGCAUUUCAUGUGUCCACUCAGCUGAGAAUAGUCUUCCUCAGUGUGAAGUCGGUUGUAUUUAGAGAACCCAUUCGGGACCGCGGUCCAACCACGGUUGGAUAUCUGUACAGAGUACAGACCCUACCUAGCCCCACAUAGCCCUACCUAAUCUUACCAGGCCACACCUAAGCAUCCCUAGCUCCACCUAGAACCUCAUAAUCCUACCUAGACCUACCAUGCCAGCUACCUAACCCCACAUGGCCACUCCUAGUAUACCUGGCCACUCCUAGCAUACCUGGCCACUCCUAGCAUACCUGCCCACUCCUAGCAUACCUGGCCACUCCUAGCAUACCUGGCCACUCCUAGCAUACCUGGCCACUCCUAGCAUAUCUGCCCACUCCUAGCAUACCUGGCCACUCCUAGCAUACCUGGCCACUCCUAGCAUACCUGCCCACUCCUAGCAUACCAGGCCACUCCUAGCAUACCUGGCCACUCCUAGCAUAUCUGCCCACUCCUAGCAUACCUGGCCACUCCUAGCAUACCUGCCCACUCCUAGCAUACCUGGCCACUCCUAGCAUACCUGGCCACUCCUAGCCUUCCCAGCACCACAGCUUCAGACCUUCUCAGCUGAAUUGGAGUAUCAGUGAAAUACGUUAUGAGAAUGAUUCCCUUUAACCCCUGGAUAUAAACAGGUGUUUUCCCAUCAACAUGUACUUAUAUAAAUGCUAGGAUACUUGGAAGGGUGGUGCUGAGUAAAAACUCGGGUCCAAAUGAACUUCACCUCUCCAAGAACGAUGGUGCUACAAACACAUUAUGACAAGAUUGUUGAUGAACGAAGAUCAAAAUAAAAAUUGAAAACGGAGAAAAAUCGGACUGGUUUCACAACCCAAGAAAGAGUUUGCAUAGCUGCGUGUGUCUGCACAAUCACAGAACUGUACACGAGUGUCUGCAAACUGCGGCUCUGAAGCUGGACUUGGUCCCACCCUGCUGUACUCUCUGUGAAAGGAUCUAAAUAGUUUGUCAUUUUAGUUGAAGUAAAAAAGAAACCACAAAUUUUUUUCUUUUUACUCUGAAAAAGUAGCAAGUGCUGAAUUAUAAUUGUUAAACAGUAAUAAGGGCAUCUCUCCUCCUUCCCGAGACCCCAAACUCAUCGUAGUCGGCCAACGAUACCACUAAUUAGCCUAAAUGCUAGUUGUUAGCUACCCCCUUCCUUGUGUGUCUUUCAUUUUUUAGACAAUCAUGUUUUCUUGUGUUGUUUUUUUCUACAUUUUUAUUGUUGUUGAUGUUGAUGUUAUUGCUGUUGUAUGUUGAGAAUUGUAUUUAUUUCUUGGCAAACUGUAGUUUGUUUACUGAAUAGCACUGCUCUUACCCAUAGCGAAGGGGAGAUUCCUCGCUGGGGCCUACUCCAGAACUCAAUGGGGUUUGUAGAUGACGUUUGAGUGCCGGAUAGUAUUAAACAUACCAUUCACUCUUUAUUCUUCUAUUGAAACUGGUUGAUGAUGAAUAGAUAUUACUUCGGGUUUUUUUGUACGACAAUUUAUUGAUUCAAAUGUCAAUGUAAAAAAACAAACAUUAUAAAGACAUGAACAAAUAAAAAGAUGCCAGGUAUCAUUUCUUCAUAAUCGCAUGAUUGGUCUUCAUAGAUCUGUAUCUGGCAGUUUUCUACGGUGGUCUGCAAGCUUGUGUGACGUUCAGUCCAUGUUAAUCCCUUGUGCCAAACCUAUAAUAAAUAACAGAUUAUAUUCAUUUAUCCUCCCAUUUUGAGGGACCAGAUUGUUUGUUUUUUGUCGUUGUUGUUUUUGUUUAUAAUCCAUUUGAAAAAGUAAUCAGCAAGUUGAGGUACUUUGCUUUAAUGCUUUCUACAAUGUAACUGUAAUGCAAUUGAAUUCAAUACUGUGGGAGGAUCAACUAAGAAAUAAAGGACUACAAUGUGGA